ACAGAGCCUCCCUUAGUAGGAGUCCAGAGGGCUUUUAGUUUCGUUUUUGAAUCUCUGCGUCACAGGGCUGAUCACAAAUGAGUUUAAAAACCCCUCCACCACAGUGUGCUGGCAGACAGUGAACAGGAAGGAGCUGCAGAAACACACAGCUGAGUGGAGGAAUUAUACAAUGGCAGACUUGGCACUGUAUACAUACCAGGAGGAAGUGGUCCAAAGGGCUCUCCGGGGAGAGAACAUAAUUAUUUGGCUGCCAACGGGAGGUGGAAAGACCAGGGCAGCUGUGUAUGUGGCCAAAAGGCAUCUGGAGACCACACAGAAGGCUAAGGUGGUGGUCCUGGUAAACAAGGUUCACCUCGUAGAGCAACAUUACAACAAAGAGUUCAUGCCUCACCUGGGUUCGAAAUACGACCUGGUGGCAGUCAGUGGAGUGAGUGAGGAGAAGGACUUCUUCGGUAAAGUGGUGCAGGACUCAGACGUGGUCAUCUGCACAGCACAGAUCUUGUAUAACGCUCUGACUAACCAGGAGGAAAGCAAACAUGUCGAGCUCUCAGAUAUUACUCUACUGAUAAUUGAUGAGUGUCACCACACCAACAAGGAUUCAGUCUACAACAAGGUAAUGGGGUGCUAUGUGGAGAAAAAGUUGAAAGGAGAGGGACCAUUGCCACAGAUCCUGGGUCUGACUGCAUCACCAGGGACAGGGGGCGCAAAGAUCCUGGACAAGGCUGUGGAUCAUGUACUGCAGAUUUGUGCCAACCUGGACUCAGCCAUAGUUUCAACUAAACUCUAUGCCCCUGAGCUGAAGGAGAAAGUACCCAGACCCAUCAAGACGUUUGACAUUGUGGAGAAAAGGCCUGAGGAUCCAUUUGGGGAUCAUCUGAAGUGGAUGAUGCAGCUGAUUCAUGACUACAUGAACCUACCUCCAGACUUCAGACUGAGAGAGUGUGGCACACAAGAGUAUGAAGCGGAUGUGGUGAUUUUAGAGCAGCGUGGAGUAAGAGAGGACAACAGGCUGCUAGCACAAUGUGCACUCCACCUCAGACAGUACAACGAUGCCCUGCUCAUCAACGACACCCUGCGGAUGAUGGAUGCUUAUCACUCCCUAUUCGAGUUCUACGCGACCACUACAGAAAUUGAUGGAACAGACUUGUUCCUGACAGGACUUUUCAAUGAGAAUGAGGUAGAGCUGAGGAAACUGGCAGGGACUCCUCUCUAUGAAAACCCGAAGAUGUCUAAACUUGAGAGCACUCUGCUAAAACAGUUUGAUCCAAGUGUGAAAUCCAGGGGGAUCCUCUUCAGUAAAACCCGUAAAAGCACCCGCUGCCUACAUGACUGGGUCCUCAACAACAAAGACUUACAGAAGGCUGGCAUCAAGGCUGCUGUCCUUACUGGGGCUGGCAACGGGAUCAGUUACAUGACACAGAGCGAGCAGGCGGACACAAUCCGCAAUUUCCGCAAAGGUACUCUCAACCUCCUGAUCUCUACCAGUGUGGCUGAAGAAGGCCUUGACAUCCCUGAAUGCAACCUGGUGGUACGCUAUGGACUGCUUACUAAUGAGAUUGCCCAGCAGCAGGCCAGCGGACGUGCUCGGGCAAGAGACAGCCAGUAUUCAGUGGUCGCCCAGAAAGGUGGACGGGAAGUGCGUCGGGAGCUCAUCAACGAGCAUCUGGAAGAGCUGACCGGAAAAGCCAUUGCUAAGAUUCAAGACAUGAGCCUCCAUGAGUUUCGCAGAAAGAUAACUCAACUCCAAACUGAGGCAGUCUGUUGCAGAAAGAUUGCAGAGAGUCGCAAAAUACAGAGAAGGAGUCGCAACACUGCUGAUAGUAUCAGCCUCUUGUGUCGAAACUGUUUCAAGCAUGUGGCCUCUGGCAGUGACAUUAAACUUGUUGACGGUGUGCACUAUGUCAACGUCAAUCCUGACUUUAAGAGACACUGCAGAUUUGGUGGGCAGGUAAUGAUAGACAAGACUUUUGAGGACUGGGAGCCUGGGCGUAUAAUCUGUUGCAAUAAUGGUGGCUGCAACAAGGACUGGGGAUUUGAGAUGAAGUACAAGAAGGUUGCCCUCCUGCCCAAUCUAGCCAUUAAGAACUUUGCCCUGGAGACCCCUGAUGGCAGAACGACCGUGAAGAAGUGGAAGGAUGUCACUUUCACUGUUGAGGACUUCAGCUUUGAAGAAUACUGCAAUGACAACUUCCCUGACCUCUUUGAUUGAGACACCAACAGGAGAAUUUGUGCAGUUUUUUUCCCUCCCUCAUUCCCUUCAGAUGUUUUUAUGUUUUGUUUUGUUUUUACCUCCAGAGCUCAUUUAAGAGAAAUCAUGAUUGUACUGUUUGGGGUGCUUAAAUAUGAAGACAUCCUUUUUAAAAAUGUAUUUCCACAUGUGCUAGCAUUCAUUUGUGCUGCCGGGUCAGUGAGGCAGCAGUGUGUAAAAACACAUUAUGCAUCGAUCAUGCUUGAAAUUAGCAUGGCAGCUUUGUUUAUGCCCAAGGUCCUAAUGGCCUCUGCAUGAUUUUGUGUGGGUUUCUUUUGCUUCAUCUCAAGUCAUGCACAGAAACUAAGCACCAUGGACCAUGGAACUUUAACACUCACGAUACGAGUCGUCACGAAGAUGAUUCCUCAUGAAUUCUCUUUUAGCUGUUUCAAUGUUAACAGUAAAUGCGAGUGACUGUAGUAUGCAGAUAUUGCACAUCAUCUUAAUGUAUGUUAAUAUUUAAAUGUUUUACAGGGGGUUCAUUUGGACAAUAUUUUAUCAUUAACAAACAUUUAAAUGGUUACUUUUAAUUUGCUUCGGCACUGUCUUAUAACAACAAAUUAUGGAAAUAAAAUAAAAUGAAUAUGAACUAAAAUGAAA